UUGUUGGCAGUGAAAGAAGUCCUGAAGAAGCUUUGAGCCCAAACACGUUCUGCAGAAGAACCACAGCGUGGAGUUUUUCUUUUUGACAGCUGCAAACUGCCGACACCAUCAGUGAGCUGAAAGAGCACUGACCAGCCCUGCAGCUGUGCAUCCUGAGAGACUCUAUCUCCACUUGCGUGUCUGAAUUCUCACAAUGGUUGACAGGCAGCUUGACUGGUGGAUCCACUGCUGACGCCUCUCCUGAUCCCCACAUAUCCGGACUGAAUCCCCCUUUUCCUGGUUUCACCGACGUACCGUCAUUCUUUAAGCUCUCACCAUGGCGAGUCUGGUGCUCAACGAGACCGGAAUGGAGGACUGUGGCAUUGAUGAUUCCUUCAAGUAUAAUUUGUACUCUGUGGUUUACAGUGUGGUCUUUGUCCUCGGCCUGAUUACCAACUGUGCCGCCCUCUUUGUGUUUUGCUUCCGGAUGAAGAUGCGCAAUGAGACCACAAUGUUUAUGACUAAUUUAGCAUUAUCAGAUUUAGUCUUUGUUUUUACGCUGCCAUUCAAAGUCUUCUACAAUGUCAACCGCCAUUGGCCUUUUGGAGACGGACUGUGCAAGGUAUCGGGCACAGCCUUCAUCACUAACAUCUAUGGCAGCAUGCUCUUCCUUACCUGCAUCAGCAUAGACCGCUUCCUGGCUAUUGUUUAUCCAUUUCGAUCUCGUUCCAUCCGCACACGCAGGAACGCGGCAUUGGCCUGUGCUGCCGUGUGGCUGACCAUUGUUGGAGGAGGAAUAUCAGUAACUUUCUUCUCCACCAUUAACAGCACUAAUCAUGCUACAACCUGCUUUGAGGGAUUUUCCAAGAGCACCUGGAAGACCUACUUGUCCAAAAUUACCAUCUUCAUUGAGAUUGUGGGCUUCCUCCUCCCCUUGUUGGCGAACUUGGUUUGCUCUUCCCUGGUUCUGCAGACACUUCGUCGCCCGGUGACUGUGGGUCAUGGAUGUGACAGCAAAAGCCGUGUCCUGAGGAUGAUUGUUGUCCAUCUGAGCAUUUUCAUCAUCUGCUUUGUCCCAUAUAACUCGAUCCUCUUUCUUUACGCCCUAGUGCGGACCCAGGCCGUGGCUAACUGUGGUGUGGAACGUUUUGCACGAACUCUUUACCCCAUCACUUUGUGUUUGGCUACCCUUAACUGCUGCCUGGACCCUGUGGUCUACUACUUCACAUCAGAGAGCUUCCAGAAAAGCUUGACUAUGGGAGGCAAAGGGUCUGCUACCCGUGCUGACAGCAACCCUCGCAGCGACACUGAGACACAAGACUCAGGCCUCACUCUCACUCGCGACACGCAAACAUUGGCCAGUAACGGUAAAGAGGCAAAGGUGUCUGAAAGUCACUUUUGACGCAACAGGCCCGGAAGAAAGGGAGUGAUCAGAGAUAGGGAAGGUUUGGAAAAUAGAGCAAUCAGCUGUUUGGUCCUGGAAGGGACAAACAAAUAACUGAGCAGAUUAGUUAAUUCCUGAAGUAAAUCCCGAGGUAUGGCCUGGGGCUUUACCCCUUAAUCCAUCAAUGGAGAGUAGAGGAAUGUAUCUGCAAAGAAGAAAAAAAAUCUAAAGGCGAGAACUCCAACCAUGCAAGACUAUUGUUACAGAGCGUCUAAAAGAGGCUCAAACACAUCAUCACUCAGACUUAAAUACACACAAACACUUUGAAAAGCACUGGAGACUUUGAUUCAUAUUGUUGAAAUGCACUCUUAAGUACUUAUUAACACUUUGAGCCCUUAUGUUUUAUUGUUAUAAGACUUCAAGACUUCACAG